AUGAUCUAUAGGUCUGCCCCAGCCGCUGGAGCCCCUGCAGAUGGCCCUCCCAACCUCACCAGCAACCGCCGUCUGCAGCAGACACAGGCACAAGUGGAUGAGGUGGUGGAUAUCAUGCGUGUAAACGUGGACAAGGUUCUGGAGCGUGAUCAGAAGCUCUCAGAACUGGACGACAGGGCUGAUGCCCUGCAGGCUGGAGCGUCUCAGUUUGAGACCAGCGCUGCAAAACUGAAGAAUAAAUACUGGUGGAAGAAUGCCAAGAUGAUGAUUAUCCUGGGUGUGAUAUGCGUGAUUGUCCUCAUCGUCAUUAUUGGUAAGAAUUUCUUUUUUUACGUUUGUGGUUUGUACUUCAGCACCUAA